AUGCCAUGUGCUACAUUUGUUGGCAUCAAUCACCAUAGACAGUCCAUCUUACUGGGAUGUGCUUUCAUGUCUCAUGAAGAUAUCGAUAGUUACAAAUUAGUUUUUAGAACUUGGCUUGAGGCCAUGGGAAAUGUUCAUCCAGAUGCGAUCAUAACUGAUCAGUAUCAGAGCAUUAAGGUAGCCAUUGCUGAAGUGAUGCCAAAUACAAUACAUAGGUAUUGUAUUUGUCAUAUAUUUUCAAAGUUGCCUCUUUACUUAAGUGGUGUUCGUCCUUCUAAAAUUGCACGUGGAGAAUUUAAAUCCAUGGUCCUUGAUAGCAUUACUAUUGAAGUUUUUGAGAGAAAAUGGACAGAAUAUAUUGCAAGAUAUAAUUUACAUACAAGGAAUUGGUUCAACAAGCUUUAUUCUGAGAAGGAAAAUUGGGUUCCUGUGUACCUUGAUGUGUAUUCUUGGGCUGGUAUGCUAUCUACGCAAAGAAGUGAGGGGAUGCAUAUGUUCUUUGAUGGAUAUAUUACCCAUCAAAGCACUCUUAGGAUCUUUGUUCACCAGUAUGAGUUAGCUAUAAGAGCUAAGCAUGAGAAAGAGUUGGAAGCGGAAUACAGGUCAAAGGGCUUUCAAAUUGUGUGUGAGUCAAGGUUCAAGUGGGAGGAGUAUACGCGUACAAUUUGCAAAUGGUUCGAGUCUAGAGGGAUACUUUGUUACCAUAUACUCAAGAUCUUGUCGCACAAGAAGAUUGAUAAAAUUGAUGAAAGGUAUAUACUGACAAGGUGGAGAAGCGAUGUUAUUAGGCCACACUUGAAUCGGUUCCAUCAAGUUGGUUACCCAAACAUGGCUCCUGAGUACAAGACAUACAAGAGCAUGUUGAAGUACUUUGACAUGGCUUGUGAUAUAGCAUUGGGCACUAGCGUGAAGGUUCAAUGUGUUAAGCAUAAUUUGAAGAAGAUGGUGCAUGAUCUUCAAAACUAG